AAAACGCGAACCACCCUCACUGUGUCACUGCUUCACCACCUCAUUCAGAGCCAUGAGUUGGUGGAUGAAGCUGCUUCUUUAUUUCAGACACUAAAACUUUCUAAUGAAACCCACAACAACUCUCUGACGAACAGCUUCUUGUUUUUUUUUAUUUAUUUUCCUCGAGGAGUAAAAAUCACUUUUAAUCUACGACGGGAGAAAACCUCAGAUGGAGCCCAGUCGUACAGAAGACGGACAAGUCGAGGAGAAAGUCGUUAAAUCUCCACCUCCCAAAGUAAUCCUCAAACAUGGCCAGGAGCUGGAGGAGGAGCAGGAGGAGCUGGCCGAGCACCAGCCUCUGGAGCAGGAGGACCUGAACUUCGAGAGAUGGAAGCGAAGACCGAUUCCCAAGAGAACCCUCCACCAGAAGAUAGACGACCUGAAGACGUACUUGUGGAAUGCAGAGACCAACGAGUUCAUGGGUCGCUCUGGAAAGAGCUGGAGCCUGAUCCUCCUCUUCUACGCUGCCCUCUAUCUGUUCCUAGCAGCCAUGUUUGGAGGCUGUAUCUUCUGUCUCAUGUGGUCCAUCAGUCCGUACCACCCGACCUUUAACGACAGAGUGAUGCCACCAGGUAUGACCAUGGCCCCACACCUGGAGGGCCACGACAUCGCCUUCAACGCCACAGACCGUAAGUCGUGGAAAAAGUACACCAGGUCUAUGGACGAGUAUCUACGACCGUACAACGACGGAGCUCAGGAGAGGAAGAACAUUCGCUGCUCUCAGACGGGAUACUUCAUGCAGGAUGACCUGGAGGAGAGUGCCGAGAGGAAGGCCUGUCAGUUCAAAAGGUCCUGGUUGGGCGAGUGUUCGGGUCUUAAGGAUCCUCACUACGGUUAUUCCCAGGGAAGGCCGUGUAUUCUGCUCAGAAUGAACCGGAUUCUCGGUUAUUUACCUGGUGAAGGUAAACCAGUAAACGUAACAUGUGAAGUAAAGAAAGGAGCCGCGGCAGCUCUCGGAGAAGUCCAGUUUUUCCCCAAGAGUAUUUUUGACCUGAAGUACUACCCGUACUACGGCAAACUUCGACACGGAAACUACUCGGCUCCAGUUGUUGCUGUUCGUUUCGCCUCGGUCCAGAACGGCGCUCAAAUCCAGGUUCAGUGUAAACUGAACGGAAAAGGAAUCAUUAACGAUUCUUCCACCGACCGAUACCUGGGAAGCGUCACCUUCUCCCUGGAGGUCGGAGGUUAAAGCGGAGACACCGGUCGACGCUCUACAAAAAAAA